GUCAUUGAAAGUGGAAGAAAAUUGGGUGUCUAUUUACUAUACGGGAUUUUAUUGAUUUUUGUGUUAUUAUGCCGUAGUUUCUUUUUUCCAGGGGUUUUGUGUAUUUGAUUAUAAGGAGUUUUUAUCUCCCAAUAAAUUCGAAAUCCAAAUCGCGAAAUGAUCCAUUUUAAAUUCUCCGAUAAUAAUUAAAGUUAACAAAUCCAAUACAAAAUGUGUUAAUAAAUACAACAAAAAUUAACCUACCCCCGCUUUAAUAGCGAAAGAGUGUCUUGUCCUGUGUACCGAAUAAGAUAAAUAAUUAUAGUUUUAGUUUGCAUACAAUUAUUGAAUGAGCUAAAUCAAUCAACACCAAAUCUGGCAAGAAAAUGUGGAUACCCUCGAACAAUAAGUACGGAGUCGCCAUCCACAACUGGCAUGGUGAAGUGCGUUACGGUUUACCAUUGGAUGUUGGCGAUUCUGUUGAAAUCUUAGAAGAAUGUGGUGAGUGGUAUCGUGGAACAUGUCCACGAAAAUCAAGAGCUGUGGGAUUGUUUCCCAAAUCCUAUAUUCACAUAAAAGAUCUUUCAAAAAUCGAUCCCGUUGUAAGUGAAUGCACUCAAGUCCUACGAGAGUGGUAUGAAAUAUGGAAAAAGUUAUAUGUGGAUAGAGAAACAUACAAAUUCAAUACGUUACUUAAAGUGAUGCGUUCAAUACUAGAAAGUCGAAAGGAAUUGCUUGGUGCUACUCUUACACAGGAUCAGACUCUUGAACUACAAAUGAUUGUGGUGUCUAAAAUCGAUUGGGGAAAUCGAAAACUCGGGCUCGAUCUUGUCCCCAGAGUGGGUCCAUUAGCAGUAGACCCAAAUAAAAUAGGAAUUGUUCGUCUAUAUCAAGUUCACGUCACUAGUGCCGACAAUGCGAAAGCUUCAUCAAGUCGUGGAACACUAAGAAGAAAAACAACCCGUAAAAUACUUACCCACCAUUUAUACUUUUGUAUGCGAGAUUUUGGUCAUCGCAUCGGAGGCGAUGACACCGAAGUUUACUUUUACCUCUACGAUGGUAGUCCAAAUAAAAUGAAAGCCUUAUCGGAAAGAUUCAUGGUGAAGAUUUCAAAGGAUGGCUUUUCUAAUUAUUCUGAAAAACUUCACAGUAAAUGCACAGUCUUUACUGAUUUGGGUGCUGCUGAUCUUGGCGAAGAACUUUACCUAGUUGCUGUUGUCAUGAGAGUUGGAAAAAUAAUACACUCUGAAUCGGUGAAAAAAAUCGAAAAAACCAAUACUGGCACUUAUGGGGCGACAUUCCGUCGACCAUUUGGGGUGGGAGUUCUUGCUCUGGGUGAUGUUUGCCAAUUCGACAAUACGGUCGAAACUGAAGAAAAAGAAUACAAUUUUAAGAUUUUUCAAUGUGAAGAAAAAGAUUUUCAUCAACUCCAUGAGCUUAUAAUAAAAAAGUCUAGCGGUAAAUUCUGCCCUGUUACGACGGGAAAUCAAAACACGCACGGAAUUGUCGUUUCCUUAAAACUACUGCACGGAGGGUUAGGUCAGGCUCGACAAGAGCAACCACUUCUCUUUCAAGGCACCACCAUAACAAGAAAAAUGGGAUUUCCCGAUGUCAUAAUGCCAGGAGAUGUGCGCAACGAUAUGUUUUUCACUCUCGAACGAGGCGAAUUCGAACGUGGUGGCAAAAACACUGCAAAAAAUAUCAUGGUCACGGUUCUUGUAUUGGAUAUAGACGGGAAUAUCUUAUCAGAUUCCCUGUGGCCUGCCUCUGGAAUGGAGGCCCAAAACUCUUUUAAAUCAACUAUUCUCUAUCAUCAAAACUCUCCUUGCUGGAACGAAAUGAUCCGUUUAAGUGUCCCUAUUGAUAAGUUUUCCACGGCACAUGUGCGCUUCGAAUUCAGACACUGUUCGACGCGAGAAAAAUCAGAGCCAAAAAUGUUCGGAUUUAGCUUUGCUCGUUUAAUGGAUCCAAGUGGAGCUACUUUAACUGAUGGUCAACAUGAGUUGUUCGUGUAUAAAUGUGAAGAUCCCGGUAAACUUUCUACUUCCAACUACUUACGAUUACCCUGCAAACCAAAAGAUCCACAAGCAGAACAGGAAUCGAGUUCUCUCUUCCAUCGUAGUUCCAAGGAAGUUUUUGUCUGCAACUCACUUUUGUGUUCAACAAAACUAACUCAAAACAGCGAUCUGCUGUCUCUACUUCAAUGGCGUGCUCAUCCCGAAACUAUUCAAGAUUCUCUCACUGGAGUUUUGCGGUUGAAUGACGAAGAAUUGGUUAAAUUUCUUCAAGAUGUUCUCGAUGCUUUGUUUGCCAUGUUUUCCAAUGAGGAAGGCAACAGUACACAAUAUUCGGGACUAGUUUUUCAUGUUCUUGUUAGUAUAUUCAGCCUAUUACAGAGCAAUAAAUUCCAGCACUUCAAGCCUGUAAUGAAUGCUUAUAUAGAAGACCAUUUCGCAGCUGCGUUAGUUUAUAAGGGUCUCAUCACGUCAGUUGAGCACAUGGCAGUUUUUAUGACCAAAGCGGAGCAUCCAGAUCCAUUUCAAAAGUGUUUUGGUUCCCUUGAAUAUAUUUUUAAACUUCUAAUACAAUCGAGAAAACUAUUUUCGCGGGCAACUGGUGGACAGUAUGAAGAUUCUUUUCGAAGAGACUUGCAUUCAUUGUUUACUGCUCUGAAUGGAAUGCUGGCAGUUCCAUCAUAUGAUGUAAUUAUUCCAACCCAAGAAGCAUUGCUUCAUUCAACUGGUGUCGUUUUGGAGCAGCUAAAGGACACUCUUCCAGCUCCAGAGCUUGGCAUGCUUGCUCGUAAUAUGCUAGAUGCUAUUCCAAGAGAUGCUCCCAUCAGACUCAUUCAAGCAAAAUUGCACGCUGUAAAAAAUCUCGUUUCUGGCGAAUUAUUCCAUGAAGAUGAUUCUCGAACUGUGGUUUUAUCGGUGGCAUGCAAACAUCUAAGGAUGCAUCUUGGUCGGCGUGAUGAGCUUAAACUUUGUUCCGAGAUUAUAUCAGAGAUCCUUACACACUUGUACGAUUUACAACGCGAACAAAAAGAUAAAGUAACAAACACAUUGCAGCAUGACCUGGACUCCUUAUGCAAAAAUAUACUAGGCAUUCUUAUGAAAACCAUCAUAAUCAUGAUGGAAGGAUCUAAUUCGGUUCUAGCACAACUAGUUUCUUGUCUUCUAGGUUUACUACAGCUUUUGGAUGAAACUCACUACAAGCGAUAUUGGGAUGAAUUGAGUGCAAACAAAGACCCCCGCGACUUGAAGGAGUUUCUCAAUAAAAGCUUACUCGUAUUUCAAGAACUUCUCACACAGGAUUGGCUUGUUUUCCCUUCUGACUGGCUGGUUAUGAAACUUUCAGCAAAUGAUGUUUUACGGAAAGCCCUUGAAGAGUUUGCAAAACCAUUAGUUUACCGGUUUCUUGCGCCAAAUGCUUUUGAUUCACAGCUUUGGUGGCUAUAUUUUACUUUGGCUGUAGACUUCCUAACUCAACCUUCCCUGCAGCUUGAACAAUACAGAGAGACAAAAAGAAGAAAAAUAUUGCAUUCUCACGGUGAUAUGCGAGUACUCAUGGGAUUUCAAAUACUCAGUAUGUGGUCGCAUUUGGGGGAGCAAAAACUACACUUCAUCCCUUCUAUGGUUCGACCAUUCCUAGAAGUUACUCUUGUUCCAGAACCGGCUUUGCGAAAAGCUACUUUAUCUGUUUUCUAUGAUAUGAUGCAAUGCGAACAGUCUGCAAGAGGAUCAUUUCGGCUGGUUGAAAGUGAACUAAUCGAUAAGCUUGAUUUUUUAAUUAGUGAAAACAAAGGGGAUGAUGAAUAUCGAGAACUGUUUAGUACAAUGGAGCAUCUGAGCUUGGUUUUACUGGAAAAAGUCCAAAGUGAAAAUCCAAAUUGGAAAGAUUCGGCGAUUGCUUUCAUUACUUCGGUGACGCGUUUGCUUGAACGUUUAUUAGAUUAUCGCAGUGUAAUGCAAGGAGAAGAGAACCGCGACAAACGCAUGUCUUGUACCGUGAAUCUCCUCAAUUUUUACAACAACGAAAUAAAUCGUAAGGAAAUGUAUCUUAGGUACAUCUACAAACUUCAUGAUCUACAUCUUCAAGCGGAAAACUAUACGGAAGCUGGUUUUACCCUGAAACUUUAUGCUAGCAUGCUUACCUGGGAUAGGGAAUCAAUGUCAAACUCCCCUAAUGAUAAAACUGACCAACCAGAAUGGCAGCGAAAAGAAAAACUUUAUCAUGAGAUACUAAAAUAUUUUGAUAAAGGGAAAUGCUGGGAGAAAGGGAUACCUCUUUGUAAAGAAUUAGCUCAGUUAUAUGAAACACGAUUGUUUGAUUAUAAUAAGCUCAGUGAAAUUCUUAAUUUGGAAGCUAAAUUCUUUCAAAAUAUAUUAACUCAACUGAGACCGGAACCCGAAUACUUCAGAGUUGGUUUCUUUGGAAUGGGAUUGCCACUUUUUGUUAGAAAUAAACAAUUUGUUUAUCGUGGACUAGAAUAUGAACGAAUAGGAGCGUUUACACAGAGGCUACAAACCGAGUUUCCACAAGCUCAAAUUUUAACCAAUAACAGUCCUCCAGAUGCGUCGAUUUUAUCAGCACCCGAUCAAUAUAUUCAAAUAAGCAAUAUUCGCCCAGUAGGAGAUGCACAGGCUCUGAAAACUGCUAUGGUCCCUGUACCCGAAAAAAUAGCCAGGUUUUAUGAAGUUAACGACGUAACACGUUUUAUUUAUGAUAGGCCCAUUUAUAAAGGUCCCAUUGACAAAGACAAUGAAUUCAAAAGUUUAUGGAUCGAAAGAACCACUCUAGAUAUUGAUAGUCCAUUGCCUGGUAUCCUUCGUUGGUUCGAAGUUAUUUCUAAAUCAGUUCAGGAAAUAACUCCAGUUGAGUUUGCAUGUGAGACUAUGAACAACGUUGGAAAAGAACUCUGGGAUCUAAUUGUGCAAUAUAGAAGUGAUCCAAAGCGAAAUAUAAAUCCAUUCUCAAUGCGCUUACAGGGAAUAAUCGAUGCUAAUGUAAUGGGUGGAAUAAGCAAAUACCAAGAAGCAUUCUUCUCAGAAAACUUCCUUAAAUCUGCUCAGGGUCACGGACAGCAGGCAAAUGUGCAAAAAUUAAAAUGCUUGAUAUUAGAGCAAAUUCAAGUAUUAGAAACAGCCCUGGAGCUACAUGGCCAAUUGGCACCGCCAGGCGUUCAGCCAUUGCAUAAUCGUUUACUAGAAAGGUUUUCGCAGUUAAGGCAGAGUUUAUCGGGCAUGGGUCGUUUAAAAAGACAACAUUCUGAGAGUAUAGUCAAUACACCCCUUCCUCCUUUGCCAACAGAAACUCAAAAACGAACUUUAAGUUUAGGCGGAAACUCAUAUGGUAUAUAUGAACACGAUGAAAUCUACACAAGGCCCGCCGAAACUGUAAGGCCCGUAGAAAAUCUUUCGCUUGGGCAAAUUGCUAAUUCCUACCAAACUCUCAGCAAAGAAAAUCUUAAUGUUUCGGAAAUAAAUCGAUGCGAAUUAAAAUGUCAAGCUCCACCUGUACCGCAUAGACCCAAAUCGACAGGAUUUGUGUGUAAUAUGGAUAGCCCUGAAGUGCCCCCAAAAACACUACCCCGUGAUCGUGGAGGUACUUCCCCCAAUGCACCACCGCUUCCACCACGUGGAAUCACUCCUGACAAAAGAGCGUCAAAUCCUCCAUUACAGUUCAACGAGUUCUCCGAUUCGUCAUACAAUUCUAACUCAAAUGCGAGACAUCAAGGUCAAAAGUAUUCAGUGGUUGACAUUAGUUUCGACGAACCUGAAGCCGAUUUCAACCAACACGUACAUGCAGAUGGCCACAUGAACAUUUGUUACCCACCAAAUGAUUUUCGUGAUUCUGGAAUUUCGACAAGUUCUAACGAACUCAAUCAACUUAACAACUUGAACUCCAUAGAAGGAGCAAACCAUCAAGAUGCUGAUGUUGGCUUAAACAUCAAUCAUGAACAAUCUCCUAAUUCCUUUGAGUUGGAUCUCCCAUUACCACCGCCGAUUCCACCAAAAUCCCUAAAUGUAUCCACACCCGACUGUGAUGAACGAGCACCAUCGUCGUGUUCAUAUCAUUGCCAAGAAAAUGGAACAACUGAAGGGUACAUUACACCAAAGAAUUCAAAAAAGGCCUUCAACCCUGACGCAUUAUGAGCUCAAUUCUUCUACUAUUUCUAAUGCGCUAUUCGGAUUUGAAAACAUACGCUGCAUAGUAUAAUAUAACAAAAGUUUUAAAAAAUUACUUCUCAUAUCCUAAGUUAUUCUGAAGUGAGCUUCCAAUAAAUGGAAAACGAUUAGUUUUGCAAUUAUUUCCUUAGCAUUGAUGCUCUUAAACUACAUAUUUAAGGAAAACGAUCAUGAACAAUUCUUAGUUUAAUUUUUACGUUCUUUGUGCCAAAAAUUGAAUCCCAAAAAAUAUUAAUUAUAAUUUUCAUUUAAGACAUAAUUACAUUCUGUACGUUGAUUUAAAAAAAAAAAUUAUUGAAAUCAUUUAUUCAUUCUUAUAAUAUUUUUUAAUUGGUAUCCAAGAAAGAAAUAACCAAAGGUUGUGGGAAUACUGUGCUUAUUUUUUAAUUUGUGUUUAAGCUUAAUAAUACUCUUUACAAUGUAAGAAUUAUCUUCUCAUUCUUUUUCGAAACUCGAUGUGAUUUAUCGCGUAAAAAAACAAUCUUUCCCUUUGAAUCUCAGUAUUUGUAUUUAUAUUAUUUUUGUUUUUUAUUGCUUUUGGCUUACUUAAUAAUUCCGCAAUUGUUAUAUUUGAAGUAAGCCUAUUUAUGUAAAUGUAUAUUUUUUUUAAUUCAAAGAAAAUUUAUCAAAACUAUAUCCGCAAUAGUUUAUGUGCUGCACAAAUAUCAAAAUUGAAAAAAACGAGAAAUUAAGAAAAAAAUAAUACAAAUGAAACAGCGAUGUGUUGUGCAUAUGAACGUAAGUUUUUUAUUGUAUAUUUUUAUAUUGUAAAACUAGUCAAAAAAGAUACAAAAAAUAUAUCAUAGGUACGCCCUCACACUGAUCAA